GAAUAACGAGAGAGUGAUGAUGGUGCCAGCUGUUUGAUCGAUUUAUAUUGCUGCUGCCGCUAUCAUCGUCUUCCCUCUCUGCACUGAACUCUUCUCAUCGUGUUAGGGUUCCGAUUCCUUCAUUCAUCACUGUUCUUCACUUCUUCUCCUUCAGACACCGAUACAGCUGAAUCGUGGAAUUGAAACCUAACCAUAUCACUGUUCUUCGUUUUGCCUCUAUUUACUACAACUUGGUAUAAUAUCUUAGGUUCUAGUUCAUUUAUUGAUUUCUUUCUUCAAUGGGGGAUGCUGAGAAUGCCCUUCAACCUUCAAAGAAAAGAGCUGCUGGAAGGGAGCUCACUCGGGAUACUCCUAUUGAUGAUGAGGAAGAUUCCCCUGAUCUUGAGAGUGGCACUUUCAAGAGAGCCAGUGAAGAGGUUCUGGCAAGCAGAAGAAUAGUCAAAGUUCGUCGCCAACAAACUACUUCUGCUCCUUCUUCAAAUCCCUUUGCUGGAAUUCGCCUGGUUCCCUCCUCUGGAUCCACGGCUAAUCCUGCUGAAGCUACUACUGAAGUACAAACUGUUGCUGACGAGUCUAAAGGUAGUGAUGAUACAGAUAAGGGUUCUGAGAAAGCUAAAGAAGAGGAUACUAAGCAGUCAGAGAGCAAACCUGAUGAGAAUGCUGCAAAAGGAAGCAAUGCCGAUGAGGAGCAUGCUGCAGAAAAGGAGAAUACUGGUAUUAAACCAGAGGUAGAUAAAGAGAAAAGUGAGGGAGUCAGUAAAAGUGAUAAUGAGAAUAAGGAUGCAGCAGGUAAGGAGAGUGCCAGUGAGGUGGAUGAAGGGCAAACUAAGGAUCACAAUGAUUCUGAAAAUAUUGAUAAGAAAGAAAACACUGAAGAUGGGGAUAAGAAAGACGACAAAGCUGAAAGUGCAGAACCAAGUGCUGAAGGUGGAAAUUUAAAGUCAUUUCAACUGCUCUCAAGUAACCAAAAUGCCUUCACAGGUGUUGCUGGAACUGGAUUUUCUACCACCUCAUUUUCCUUUGGUACCUCUUCAAAUGAUGGGUCCAGUUCUAUUUUUGCAAUGAAAAAUGACAAACCUUUUGGUCUGGGUUUAACCAACAAUGGAAGUUCUGUUUUUGGGGCAUCCUCUGUUGCUAAGAGUGAGGGAAAUGGUCUUGCAAUGCAGGAGGUUGCAGUUGAAACUGGUGAAGAGAAUGAGAAAGUGGUUUUCAAUGCAGAUUCGGUACUCUUUGAGUUUGUUGAUGGAAGUUGGAAGGAACGAGGAAAGGGAGAGCUGAAGGUCAAUGUUACAAGUGGGUCAGAAAAGGCCAGAAUUCUUAUGAGGUCCAAAGGAAAUUUGAGACUGAUUAUGAAUGCACGUCUUUAUGCUGAUAUGAAGCUCACAAAUAUGGACAAGAAGGGUGUUACUUUUGCCUGCAUCAAUAGCGCCAGUGAAGGGAAAGGUGGUCUUUCAACAUUUGCUGUGAAGUUCAAAGAUGUUUCCAUAGUAGAGGAGUUCAAAGCAGCUGUAAUGGAACAUAAGGAUGGCACAUCGACAGUUCUUAAGACCCCAGAAAAUUCUCCAAAGGCUUCUGAUGAAUGAGAGAGAUCCCAUAUUCCUGUUACACAAAGUAUGUCUUGUUGUUAGAUCUUCCUUUACUUUAGAAGAAAUUUGCUAUUCCGAGUUUGUUUGCCGUUACAUGGCAGACUAUCAUAUUUACCUAGCUGCACUAGAAUUUAAGUCAAGUCCUCAAGUGAUCAUGGAACUUAAUUUUGUAUACUUCUUUGCCUUAGACUGCACAAUCUUAGCUCUAGAACACUGAGACGUGCAAUAGUGCUGUUAUUUUACUGAGUCUAUAAUAUUGUCGAAUUUGAGAAUCA